AUGUCAAAUUUGAUAAAGCUGGAAUUCGUGGCCCUGGAUAUUUCUAGCAAAAAUUAUUUAUCUUGGAUUCUGGUCGCUCAGAUCCAUUUGGAUGCCAUGGGCCUUGGUGAUACAAUUAAAGAAAACAAUGAGGCAUCAUUGCAAGAUAAAGCAAAGGCCAUGAUUUUUCUCCGGCGCCAUAUUAGUGAGGAACUGAAAACUGAAUACCUCACUGAAAGAAAUCCACUUUGUUUGUGGAAUAAUUUGAAAAAAAGAUAUGAUCAUCAAAAAACAGUCAUCCUCCCAAAGGCCAAGGCUAAUUGGCUGCAACUGAGAUUGCAAGAUUUUAAAACUAUGGCUGAAUAUAACUCUGCUCUAUUCAAAAUCAGUUCUACAUUGAAAUUAUGUGAGCAAAAUAAUGAGCUUUUGUUGAGAAACCACCAGUCCCGUCCAACUGGAUCGACACCGAUCCCUGAAACAUAUGUUGCCUCAUCCCGUGGUCGUGGACGCGGACAUGGACGUGCCUCAUCCCGUGGUCGUGGACGCGGACGUGGACGCGGAUGUGGUCGUGGUGGUAGAAAUGAAUAUGGUCGUGGCAAAAAUAACUUCCACAAUAAUGAAUAUGGUCGUGGUAGAAAUCAUUCUUAUUAUCGUGAAGGAUAUCAAUCCUCACAGGAAAGAUCAUACCCUCAAAGGAAAGAUCAUAAUGAAAUGAGACAAGUAAAAAGGAAGGAUGUGCCUCAACCUUCCAAGACAUACGAUAAUACUUGUUAUCGGUGUGGCAUGACAGGGCAUUGGCAAAAUAUAUGUCGUACACCGAAGUAUCUGGCUGAUCUUUACCAAGCCUCAAUGAAAGAAAAGGGAAAACAAAAGGAAAUGAAUUUCCUUGAUCAUGAUGAGCCAGUUGACACCACAAAUCUGGAAAUGAAUUUCAUUAAUCAUGAUGAGCCAGUUAACAUCACCAAUCUGGAUGUAUCAGAUUUUUUUGAUGAUCAUGAUGGAAGGAUAGACUUCCUGAUUGGUGAUGGAAAUGUCCACACCAGUUAA